UUUUUUUUUUUUUUUUUUUUUUUUUUUUUUUGCACCCUGAGAUUGCAGAUUUUCAAAUAGUUGUAUCCUGGCCAAAUAUUGUCCUAUCCUAACAAACCAUACAUCAGUGGAAAUAUAGCUGGUUUUGUGGUCCAGGGUCACAUGUGCUAUUAUAGUCAUAUAAAAAUUUAACAAGAAAUCAGUCGCUCUAUUAAACACUUUAGGCAGGUGAGGACCAAUAGAGAGUUAACUUACCAUCCUCCUAGCCGUCCCGAGGAGGAGUUCCUGUGUGAAAAUGUGAAGUCAGUACAGUCGGUUGUAUUCAGUUCCCCAAACAACAUGAGUGAAAUACUACUGAAGACAUACCGUGUUUAAGUUUGUAUUAUUUUGGUAGUUUUUAUCGCCUGUCUGUUGAUUGUCGUCGUCGAAGAACUCGUCGAAUUAGGCGAACGGUUAGGCUGCUAUGACAACCUGAGUAAGCGCGGGCUUUAACCUCUGAAUCCUGGCCGUUACUGUGGAGAGGACGCGCGCCUUGUGUUUAAAUUCACACGCUGGCGGGAAGAGCGUGACCGGUCUCAGAGCUUGGGCUGUUGUGGCUGGAAUCAUGCUGGUUUUGAUGUUCACCUGUCGCGUACUGCUCAUCUUUCUGUUGUCAGAUUCAGUGAAGAUGACGGACGAAAAGCAGUUGCUGGUGUUGGACGAGCAUUGGCGUCAGGCGUGCGUGGUGGAUUGUGCUAGAGGGCGCCAUCAAGUUGUGUGUGGCAGCAACGGCCGAAUGUAUAUAUCUUUGUGCUCUUUCCAGCGUGCGCAGUGCAUCAACAGGCAGCUGAGGACGGCCGCAUUGUCAACGUGCACAGGAGAUGCACUGAGGUCUAAAUGUCAGCUGGCUCGAUCUCAAGCUCUGCGGGCCAGUGCUCGUUCUGAUUCCUUCGCCGGCUUUAUCCCAGAAUGCAAAGCUGAUGGAACCUACACAGAGGUGCAGUGUCACAAUCAGACAGGUUACUGCUGGUGCUCUUCUCCUGAUGGGAUUCCUGUGAGCGGAAGCUCUGUCUUACACCUGCGGCCCAACUGCACUAGUCAGAUGGCUCAGGAAACUGAAUUUGUGCAAACAAAGCGAAACAUUCAGUGGCGCUCCACUCCUGAUCCUGACCAGCGCUCUGUUCUGACCACUGCUGGAGUCACAGUGCCUCCAUUUUGGGUGACAAUCCUGCUGAACUCGGACCCGAAUGGAAACCGUUCCGUCAGACGACCUGCAGAUUCUCUCAAGACUUGUAAACAUGAGCGAAUGUCCUUACUUGCUGAAGUGGCCACUCAGGGCUCAGAAAAGCGGUUUGUUCCAGAAUGCAGUGCAGACGGGCGGUACAGAGCUGUUCAGUGCCACAGCAACACAGGAUACUGCUGGUGUGUGAGAGUGGACUCAGGACGGCCCAUCCCGGGCACUUCAGCCAUGAACCAACUGCCUGACUGCAGCGCUCGGGAAACACACACGCUCAUCAUCAACAACAGCUACACACAAACUACUCUCUCAGGUUGUCCAAGUGUACGAAAGCCAGACUUUCUGAAGAGUUUAAUGCAAGCAUUUCAGCAGAAAGUUGAAAGUGGGACUCAGUCUUCUGUUUACAGGACACCUGAGGCCCGUCCUCAUGUCCUCACCUCUCCGGCCUCUUUCUCAUCCGUUCAAACUCUCCGUCUGUACUUUACGCGGCUGGACGCAGAUGCCGAUGGGCUUCUGAGCGAGCGGGAAUCGCGUCCGUUGCGUCUCCUUCUCCGCAGAACUCUGCGUCCUCGCCGCUGUGCCAAGAAGUUCAUGCAGUUCUGCGACGGGAACGCAGACCACCGCCUAAGCGCUCAAGAACUCACUUCCUGUCUUGGCAUUUAAGGCCGGACUCCAUAAAUAUUGUGCAAGAUGAAGUAUCUUUGGAAAUCAUUUCAGACUUGAGUUUGACCUUCAUCUCAGCACAGCUCUUUUGAGUCUCAGACUGCAGCGUUCAAUCACUUCACUCUGGGUUUUUGAAUCUGUUUCAGCUCUCGCCGGCGCUCUGACCUUUUCACUUAUGCAAGUCCAAACACUGUGCCUUUCAAAUAAAGGACUUGUUAUUGGUUCUGUAAAAAUAACCACGGUUAUGCCUUUCUGACCGCUGGAGCGCUCGAGUGUGUGCGAUUGCAUUUGAGUGGAUAAGACAACGAGUUUGGACAAAUUAACAUCUUAAUCAUUCAGUGUUCAUGACAUGAAGUGCGAUCUGAAAGUCUGAGACCACAAUGAAAGCUUAAAUAUCUGCUUUUUUAUUUCAGUUAGGAAAUAAUUAGAACGUUUGGGGACCAGAAAUUCAUCUGUAUGUUUUCAAUUCAUUUUUCAGCCAAAAAAUAUACAAUACAAAUUUAAAAUUUAAGUCUGGGGUGAAAGAAAUUGAUCAUUUUGUUCAGCAAGGAUGUGUUAAAUUAAUAAAAAAUAUAAUAAUAAAGACUUAUACUGUUAGAAAUGAUUUAUAUUUUGAAUUAAUGCUGUUCUUUUUAACUUUUUAUUCACCAGAAAUAUUACUAAUAUAUUCCAACAUUAAUAAUAAAUCAGCAUAUUAAAAAGAUUUCUAAAGGGUCAUGUGACACUAAAGACUGGAGUAAUGAUGAUGAAAACUCAGCUUUGACUUGCAGGAAUAAAUCAUAUUUUUAAGUAUAUUGAAAUAGAAAAAUGUAAUUUUAAAUUGUAAUAAAAUUUCACAAUAUUAUUGUUUUUUCUGUAUUUUUCAUCAAAUAAAUCAGCCUUGGUGA